ACACCUCAUAAAACACGAGUAAGAAACAGAGAGCGGAAAUGCCGUCUGCAGAUUUAAAUUAAAGUCUUACAUUCACGGAUUAAUUGAUUUUAUUUACAAUUAAACCGGAAUUUAAUCCUGAUAACUGAAGGGAUGAAUGCUUUAACCGGAAAGGUUUUGCUCAUGCAGAACACCCGGGCCUUGGUCCAGGCGGUAUCACUCAUCCGCUCGCCUGUAUUAAAGCAACCAGUGUCACUAGGUGCCUUUAUGCCUGACAGACAGUAUAGAUCCAUGCCUACACAUGGGAUUGGUCGAUAUAAGUAUCUGCUUCCGAAGGAGAUGCAAAAGAAGAAGAAGGAAAAAGCGCAGAUGAAGGAGAUCAAGGCAGCGACAGACACCGAGUACGGCGUGCUGAACAUGACCGUCUCUGGGUAUGACAUGACCCUGGUGGAACAUUACGCUCAGUACAUCCAUAAACUCUGCAACCGGCUUGAGAUCAAAGUGACUGACAGCUACGCCCUGCCUACUAAGAGCACAGAAGUCAUGGUCAUGCCUGAGCAGGGCACCAAGAUGUACGUCGAUGUCAUACUCAAAACUCAUGAGCGUGUCGUUCAGAUAAGCCGAAUGAAGGCAACGCUGGCUCCUGUGUUAAUGGAGGUCCUUCUCAAAAACCAACCAGAGGGAGUUCAGCUCUGCAUAAAGGAGCACACUGAAGCAGAAUACAAAGCCCGGUUUAAGGCCAGACCAGAACUCGAAGGACUUCUAGCGCAAAUGAGUUAAAAAAAUUUGGAUCUGAAGAUGUGAUAUGUUAGAAUAUGUGUGUCAAUAAAUGUGUGAGUGGAUCUAUA